AAUCAAGUGUGGGGGUAUAUAAAGCGUAGGGAAGGGUUCUCAUAUUUCCCUCAUAUCAAGACUUCGUUCCACCUACCUAUUUUCCCAUCUGUAUCGGUGCAGUUAUCUGCAAAGCAUUCAUCCACCAUGCCUGGCCUUUACAAGCAGACGGUCCCCGUCUUCAUUCACUACUUGAUUAACCUCUCGCACUUGCUUACGAAAGGCGCCCAAUUCUGCGAACAGAAGGAGGGUAUGACAGCUGCAUCUAUGCUGUCAUUUCGGCUCAUCGAGGAUAUGAGGGGACUGGCGUACCAAGUCCAAAGCUGCUCCAACACAGCAAAAUUCACCAUCGAGCGCCUUGGACCUCACGAUGUCCCAACGCUAGAAGAUACCGAGACCACCUUUGACGAACUCCAAGAACGCAUCAAGCGCACAAUCGAGAUCCUCGAGACAGCCAAGCCCGAAGCCAUGGAUGCGAUGGAGGAUAAAGAAGUGAUCAUGGAGACCAAAAUGGGUAACUUCCGGUUUGCGACUGGUCAGGAAUACGUGUCAAAUUAUGCGAUUCCGAAUUUCCACUUUCAUUUGACGACGGCUUAUUGUAUUAUGCGGCAUUUGGGGGUCCCGUUGGGGGCAUUUGAUUAUUUGAAGGAUGUUUUUCAUAAGGUGUAGGCAGGGCUUCUAAUCGUGAUGGACUUUGGUACUGGCUGGUAUUAUCAGUCCGGCCAGGUGUGAAAGAUAUAGCUCGAUAACACGUAAUUCCUUUUAGAGAUGACAGUGGUAUUAUGAAGACGCUGGAAUAGUUCGUAUAGACUAAAGCCCUAACCCUAACACAACUAGUUAGCCGUAGUUGCGACCAUAUGGACCUUUAACAAUAAUAAUACUGUCAGCCAUGUAUUAC